AUGACGCCUCCCCUUGGUUCUUCCUCCUCAGGUUUUGGUGGUACAGAUGCUACUAGCAGUAUAUCUUCGACUCCAGCGACGUCUUAUGGUUCGAUGGAUGAGUUUCAAGAGUUUCAAGUUUCUUGGAAAGUUUGUUCUCACGACGACAAUGACGCUUGGAUCGACUUGAAUGACGAUAGAGGGACUGCUGAAACAGGCUUGAUGACUCUGUACCACAAGACCAAAGAAUUAGAAAAGCCAAUUGGUUCUCUUGGCAGUGACAAUGACAGCAAUGACGACUUUGCAGAUUCCACGGCACUCUGA